CGAAGGGUGUAUGUUUUAUGUGGAGUCAUGUUCAGAGUCGACAAUAUACUACAAGAUCAUUUGUGGACAGUCUGUUUUUUUUAGAUACACUAGGGAGGAGCGCCUUCAGGGGGAAAUAGACAAUAGCUAUGGCUGACGAAAUUGCAAAGGCACAAAGCGCCCAAGCUGGUGGAGACACGAUCUUCGGUAAAAUCAUUCGCAAGGAAAUUCCAGCAAAAAUAUUUUAUGAAGACGAACAGUGUUUGGCAUUUCAUGACGUUGCACCACAAUCUCCUACACACUUUCUUGUGAUUCCCAAAAAACUUAUUGCUCAGCUGUCUAAGGCUGAGGAUGCUGAUGCAGCUCUUCUUGGACAUUUAAUGAUAGUGGCGAAGAAGUGUGCGGAGGAGAUGGGUCUCUCUAAGGGAUACCGUCUGAUUGUGAAUGAAGGGCCUGACGGCGGGCAGACAGUUUACCACCUUCACAUUCACAUUCUUGGAGGCCGACAGCUGGGAUGGCCUCCUGGUUAACUGUAUUGACCUGAGAAGUGUCAAGAAACUUCAACAGCUAUAUAGAUUUCUUCUGUUAACUCAAACCUGCAAUGUCAACAGUGAAUGCCAAUUCAUCCUGUGUGUUUACUGCAAAUAAAUAAUAGCAAAUAAAAACCUUUCUGCA